AUUUUGUUUUUACUCAUUCUCAGAUGUUCAGCGUGUCUGAUAAAUUUAAUGCCUAUUAGAAGCAUUGCAAUUUUUUCCUCACUUGUAGGUGAGACCAGGGUUUACGAGAGGGGUAUUGGGUGCAUGAGGUCUUGAAUCGGAGGGUGAGGUGGAUACUUCCAGAGGUUGGAGGCUUGCUUGUUGGAUUUUGGAGGAUGUGGGCACGAGGUGGUAGAGAAGGAGUUCUGUAGGAUUCAGAGGGGUUGGUUGUGAUUUCGCAACCAAGAGAACACAGAAGGCGAACCUUGAAGUGACGGAUCUCUGAAAGAACAGGGACAGAUGGGUUCCUUGGGGAUGAGCGGACAAUCCACCACAGUAUCGCCGUUGGCAAAGUAUAAACUGGUGUUCCUCGGUGAUCAGUCCGUGGGCAAGACGAGUGUCAUCACACGUUUCAUGUAUGACAAGUUUGACAACACGUACCAGGCAACCAUCGGCAUCGACUUUCUUUCAAAGACGAUGUACCUAGAGGAUCGCACUGUACGCCUACAGCUCUGGGAUACUGCAGGGCAAGAAAGGUUUCGAAGUCUAAUUCCUAGCUAUAUCCGUGAUUCAUCAGUCGCAGUGGUCGUUUAUGACGUGUCAAAUCGGCAAUCAUUCCUGAAUACAGCUCGUUGGGUGGAAGAAGUACGAACGGAGCGUGGGAGUGAUGUUAUUAUUAUGCUAGUUGGCAAUAAGACUGAUCUUCUUGAUAAGAGGCAAGUCUCAAUAGAGGAAGGGGAUGCCAAGGCAAAGGAAUUUGGAGUCAUGUUCAUCGAAACUAGUUCUAAAGCUGGAUUUAACAUCAAGGCCCUUUUUCGGAAAAUCGCAGCAGCUCUGCCCGGGAUGGAGGCAUUAUCUUCCAGCAAAGAUGAUUUGGUCGAUGUGAACCUCAAGUCCACUUCGAAUGCACAGGCGGAUAGCAAAGCUGGAGCAUGUUCAUGCUGAACGAGUAGAUAGAAUUCGAUAUUGAAAUAUAGGCACACUUUUCCUCCUCAAGUUGCAACUUUUGUACUAUCUACAAAAUCUCAUGAAGACUCGAUUUCUAACUGGCUCCACUUUGAGGUACAGGGUCUUGCGUUCAAGGGUUAAUUCAGCUCGAGCCAUGGUUACGGAGUUUGUACCGUUGAGACCUGAUGGCAUCAGAUGAGACACAUCAGAAUUAUGCUAGUAGCGGAUUGAACAACUAGGCAUUGAAGGUUUACUAUAGGAACUUUUCGACUAGAUUGUGUUCGAGCUCGAUAUAGAUGUGUUAAUGAAUUGGAUAGAGGUUGACAUAUGCGACCUAGUUAGGAUUACUUGAGGUGAAGACGUGAAAGAAUGAGAUUACUGAUGGUCUUGUAUUUUCAAUGCGCUUACUUAUCUGGGGGGCGUCUUGUUAGGGAGUUUUGCAGUGAUAAUUUACAGCGGGAAAUUUUUGCAACUUAGAUGUCUACCUGUGAUUGUGUAGCAUUUGAUCAAUGGAUCUCUAAUCUAAUCUCACUCGCAUACUUUGAUCCA